ACUUUGUACAAUAAUAACUUGUUCAUUUAGAACUUUCUCUGUCUGAGAAGAAAAGGGAAAAUGGCUCAUGCGAAAGCAAGUUACCCCAGUAUUACAAGGGGAAUAUUGUGCAGAGAAAUAUCAUGUGGAUACAGAGUUUGCAAACAUGGUGAGACUAAUUUGACUGACUUUCGAUUGACUAGAUGGAAUAAUACUAUAGUCCACAAUGUGAGGAACAGAGAGAAGAGGAAUCCAGAGAAAGAAAGAGAGCUUAUGGUACAGUGCAGCACUUCUUCUUCUCCUUCUUCAACUGAGGAGGUGGAGUUGGAUGGCACGAUUGAGGAUUUGGAUGCAAAAAAUGGAGAUGGAGAGGGGCAGUUUGGGGAUUUGGUGAGGGAGUAUGGAUGGAAGGUGAGGAGAAUGGUUGAGGAGCCGAGUGAGAUGAGGAAGGUAGCUCAAGUUCAAGCUGAAGCCUUUCAUGAACCUGUUUUUCUCUUCAAUGAUCUCUUCUUCCAAUUCUUUCAGGCAGAAGUACUUUCAGGACUUCUUUACAAACUUCGAAACUCAGCCCCAAACAGGUAUGCAUGCUUGGUGGCUGAGUCUAACACCGAUGAUCUCGAGUCGAGGCAAGAGCUUGUGGGAGUUGUAGAUGUAACAGCCUUGAGAGAUGAAGCUGUUCUUCGGCAUCUCUCUGGAGCUAAAGAAUAUCUUUAUGUGUCUGGGAUUGCCGUUUUAAACACUUUCAGGAGGAGAAAAGUAGCCACUGCAUUACUAAAAGCCUGUGACAUGGUUUCCAUUCUUUGGGGUUUUGAAUAUCUUGUUCUACGGGCUUACGAAGACGAUUUGGGUGCUCUCAAACUGUAUGGAAAUGCAGGCUAUAGAAUUGUCUCAGCAGAUCCCCCAUGGAUGACUACUUGGAUUGGUCGAAAACGCCGCGUUCUUAUGAUUAAACGGCCUAGUUCUUGUCCAAAAUGACACUUUGAGCUAUCAUAGAGCUCACAGAUUAAUGCAUAUGGUGCAUAGGUGACUGAUUGCUCCAAAUCAUGAUUGUCAAUCAACUCACAAAUUGUUUGUUGGCCCCCAAGCCUCGUUGGCUAUUGCUACCAUCUCCUAGUCAAUUGGAAAGUUUAAUUUUUUUAAUAACCGGGUAUUCAGAUCAACUUAUGUAAGUUUUCUACCUAAUCAACGAGGAGCGUAUAGCCCCUCUACUAGGCCUUUUAGGUGAUCACUUUGGGUCCCGUACUUCAAGGAAGCCUGAAACUUUUAUGUCCUAAAAUGAUAUGAAUCAUUUCACCAUCUGAAGGUUGGAUGUCUUGCUUCUA